CUUGACAGUUAACGUCACGUCACCACAGUGGAUACGAAGAUUGAAGAAUGCGAUCUUGCUAUUAGUUUAUUUUUGAAGGUUCUUCAAAUAUUUUCUGUAUAUAUUGGGCGAACAUUAACAAUAUGACGAGUACGACUUCUUACAACAACGACAAGGUCGUUACCGGCGAGGUGGAGUACCCGGCAAGCGAUCCCGCAUCAGGGGCGUUCUUUCAACCAGAUUUCAAAAAAAACGAUGACCUGAAAUUAAUGCUUGAUGGAUCAAAGGACUCCCUUAAACUGGAGGCGAUGAAGAGAAUUAUUGGCAUGAUUGCUAAAGGAAGAGAUGCUUCUGAUUUAUUCCCAGCAGUAGUCAAGAAUGUUGUAUCUAAGAACAUAGAAGUGAAGAAAUUAGUUUAUGUUUAUCUGGUGAGGUAUGCUGAAGAACAACAAGACCUAGCUUUGCUGUCGAUCAGCACUUUCCAGAGAGCUUUAAAGGAUCCUAAUCAACUAAUAAGAGCGAGCGCCCUAAGAGUGUUAUCCUCAAUCCGCGUGCCCAUGAUAGUUCCAAUUGUGAUGUUGGCCAUCAGAGACUCAGCUGCCGACAUGAGUCCGUAUGUAAGGAAGACUGCUGCCCACGCAAUACCCAAACUUUAUAGCUUGGAUCCAGAACAGAAGGAGGAAUUGGUUGCCAUAAUAGACAAGCUGCUAUCGGACAAGGCGCCGCUUGUGGUCGGCUCUGCUGCGAUGGCCUUCUCGGAGGUGUGCGGCGACCGGAUGAGCCUCAUACACAGGAGCUACAGGAAAUUGUGCGGCUUGCUGGCCGAUGUGGACGAGUGGGGACAGCUGGCCAUCCUGAAUGUGCUGACGGUGUACGCCAAAACCUUCUUCCCCGACCCAAACAGUGAGGAGUACUCGAGCGACAGCGAAUCAGAGAAGCCGUUCUACGAGUCGGACAGCGACGAGGACAGUCCCCGGAAGCACUCCCGCUCCCCCACCGUGGACCCCGACCUCAGGCUGCUGCUGCGCGCGGCCAAACCCUUGCUGCAGAGCAGGAACUCCGGAGUCGUGAUGGCUGUGGCGCAACUGUUCUACCACUGUGCUCCCGCCCAGGAGCUGCCGCCGGUGGCGAAGGCCAUGAUACGGCUGCUGCGCGCCCCGGUGGAGGUGCAGAGCGUGGUGCUGAACUGCAUCGCCGCCCUCACGGUCUCCAGGCGGGCGCUGUUCGACCCGUACUUAAAGUCGUUUCUCAUUCGGAACUCGGAUCCGAGUCACAUCAAGCUGCUGAAGCUGGAGAUCCUGACGAACCUGGCGACGGAGAGCAGCGCGGCCGGCGUCAUCCGGGAGCUGCAGGCGCACGCGGGCGGCGGGGAGCGGGGGGUGCGCGCCGCCACGCUGCACGCGCUGGGCCGCCUCGCGCUCGCCGUGCGCCCGCACACCGACGCCUGCCUCGCCUCGCUGCUGCACCUGCUCUCCAGCAAGGACGAGUGGGUGGUGUGCGAAGCCGUGGUGGUGGUGAAGAGAGUGGUGGGAGGCGGCGCUGCGUCCGCCAAGGCCGCCGUGGCCCGGGCCGCCAAGCUGCUGCGGUCUGACCGAUUGGCGGCCAACGCCCGCGCCGCCGCCGUGUGGCUGGUGGCGGAGCACGGCGCCCACCACCCCCGCGCCGCCGCCGUGCUCGCGCACAUGGCCGCCAGCUUCGCCGACCAGGAGGAGCUGGUGAAGCUGCAGGUGCUGUCGCUGGCGGCCAAGCUGUGGGUGACGCAGGCGGACACGGCGCCGGUGUGCCGCUACGCGGUGGCGCUGGCGCGGUACGACGCCAGCUACGACGUGCGCGACCGCGCCCGCAUGCUGCGCCGCCUGCUGCUGCCCGCGCCAAGCGCCCGCCUGCCCGCGCACGCCGCGCUCAUCUUCUGUCCCGACAAGCCGAAGCCCACCAUCGAGAGCAGCUUCAAAGAGCGCCAACAGUACACAGUGGGCACGCUGUCGCAGUACCUGGGCAGCGCGGCCACCGGGUACCGGCCGCUGCCCACCGCGCCCGCCGCCACCAGCGGCGCCGAGCUGCGCGACCAGCACGACCGCGCGCCCCACGACCAGGCCGACACCAAGCAGCUGCAGCAGAAGAACAAAGAAUUCUAUUCGGAGCCCGAGAGCAGCGGGUCCGGCUCCUCGUCGGGGUCCUCGUCUUCCUCCUCGUCAGGCUCCGAGUCCAGCGGCUCCGAACACUCUUCUGAAGAGGACGAGAGCUCGAACGAAGAGAAACCGUCGAAUCAAGAGAAGAAGUCGGUCAAGAAAACAAAAGAAAUCAAUGAUUAUGAGUCGUCCAGCCCCGGCACGUCGGACAGCGAGCCCGACAGCGACGCGUCCUCCAGCGACGGCGAGGAGUCCUCCGAGGAGAAAGAAACAGAAAUCAAAGAGAAACCGUCCGAACAAAAGCGCAAGGAGCAAUCCAACUUGGAGCUGCUGCUGCAGCUGGACGAGGUGGCCAGCACACUGCCCACCAUGACCCCCACCUGCGGGGGGCUACUGUCCCCGCCCGCUGCCGCCACUGCCCCAGGACUUGCUGAUGACUCGAUAACGCCGGUGGGGCCGUCCCUGGUGCCCCCCAUAUCGACCGAGCUGGUCUCCAGGGUGCUGAGCGGGGGGCUGUCGGCCUCCCGGCGCUGGACCCGGGCCCCGCACCUCUACUCCAACAACAUGUGCACCUUGGAGAUCAGCUUCACAAACUGCGCCGGGGUCGAGGUCCAGAACAUCCACAUCAGUAAGAAGUUCCUGUCGGGGUCCCGGAGCGUCCACGAGUUCUCCCCGAUCCCGUCGUUGGGCCCGGGGGCAUCAGCGACCGUCACGCUCGGCAUCGACUUCGCCGACAGCAUCCAGCCGGUCGAGCUCGCGGUGUCCAGCUCCCUGGGUGAGGUGACGGUGACCAUCAAGCCGCCGGUGGGGGAGCUCAUGCGCGCCGUCUCCAUGUCUGAGUCGCGCUGGGACGCAGAGUUCGACAAGCUGCGGGGCCUCACGGAGUGCGAGCGGGAGGGUGCGCCGCUGGAGGACGACGCGCUGGUCUGCCGGAGGGUGUUCGAGACCGCCAACCUGGCCGCCGUCGGAGCCCCCGGGGACCCGCUCAGGUUCGCGGGGCGGCUGCUGUCGUCCCAGGAGCUGGUGCUGGUGGCGGUGCGGCGCGGGCGGGGGGGCGGCGCCCGGCGGGUGUGCGCGCGCUGCCCCAACAUGGCGGCCGCCUCCAUACUCGCCAACGACAUCGCGCAGGCCUUCCACAAGCUGCACGCGGUCUAGUCGCGCACACGUGACGUCACCGCGCAUGUGACGUCACCAGUCUCGACCGAACCCAGAUAAUUGUCCACAAACUAUUUGUUUUAAAACUCAACAUACACAGUAUGUAUAUUAUCGCGGACAUUGCAAAAGAAUAUGAAUUUAAUCCGAAGUCUUUAAAUAGUGAAAUACCCUCUUAUUGUAUGCCAACUGGCAAGUAAAAAUGAAUAUGUCCUAUAUUGUAGCGAAUAAAUAGAAAUAAAAUUAAAAUACUUUGAGAACAAACUUUUCAUAAGAUCAAAAAUUGAAAAUGUACAUAAAUUAUCAAAUUUUAUUAAUUUGUUUAAUUAUAAGAUAUUUUCUUAUACGUAAGUUUUUUUUUUUUUCUAUAUGUACUUAGAUUAUGUAUAGAUAAUGAAUCCUUAUACCCACAAGUACUUAUCUACUCAGUAAACGUAAUGUAAUUAUUAAAUGGAAAAUAAAAAAAUCUAAUAAUUUU